AAAGAGUGACCCUUAAUACCAGUUCACAGCCAUUUUAUCCUCUGUCCUAACAAUAGCCUAGCCCAAAUAACCCUGUAGCCAUGAAAAAAAAGGUGAGAAGAUCUUCCUCCGCUGGUUCUUUCAACAUUAACGAGAUUGGCCCUGCGCCAAGACGUCCCUCUCAAAUCCCUCCUGUCAGAGAGUUUGAUGAGUUGAUUUCCUUUGAGCAAUAUCUCCAGGAUGAAACCUGGGAUAAUGAGUUCGACUUUGUCCAUGCCAAGUUGAAGUAUUACCCACCAUUUAUUAUGGCUGAGUGUAAGAAUGACCCGGAAAAGAUUAAGGAUACCAUGAACAAGAAGUCGCGCAAGUUUAUCCGCAACUUGAACCACCACAUUGAUAAACAUCUCUUGAAGGAGAUCAACGAGAGGUCUGGUUUAGUCAUGAACUUGAAGAAGGUUGAUGCCAAGGACUCUUUCGAAAAGUUGGUUUGGUCUUACGUUGAUGAGGGUAACCAUGGAAUUGAUGAUUCUGUUCCAAGAAAGUUCAAGGUGAGCAUGGAUGUUACCUGUAACAAUGAGAACCCUUGCGUUAUUGUUGACUACAAAUCCAUCCCAAUCCCGGUAGAUGAAGAUGAAAGUGCGAUUAUGGAUUAGAGCUGUGCUCAAUUCAUUCGAAUCAAGUGCGAAAUUCCCGGGCUGCGCCCUUCAGAGUUUUCUGUGCUCCUUGCGCUUUCUAUGUUUUUUAUGUUGAUCAUGAUUAUGGCUUUUUUCUUCUGUUUAUAGUUUCUGUUU